GCAGCGGCAGCAGCGGCAGCAGCGGCAGCAGCGGCAGUAUCCUCUUCUCAACACGGAAGAAGCAUCCUCAGCUGCAGCGGCGCCCACACCGACUCCUCGUCCUCCUUCUGCCGGCUCUAUGUCGAGUGAUGGUCGGCUUGCCUUGCUGGAUGCUCCCCGCUCUCUCCGGAUCGUCGACGACCGAACCUCCUCUGACCGCAGACCCCCAUUUUCGGCGGAAACCUUCCCAGAGCUAUAGGGCUACAUAUGGAAACUGGGGAUCAAAAUUUUAGGAAAAAGAUAAAUCUACGCGGUUAUUUUUUUUAGGUUUUUAUCGGUUUCUAGGUGGGGGUUUUUGUGUGUGUUUUUUUUAAAAGCCUGCUAAUUAAUUAAUUAAUUAAUUUGUUGAGCCUUGAUUUGCUCAUUCCACCGUGUGAAGGGUUGUGAGAAGCGUGAUAUUUUCUUUGAACCCCACAAUAGGUCGUUAUAAAACACCCUGGGAAUCGCUUUUAUUUCCCCUCGACAGGACUUGAAUCUGCCCAUUUGUUUGCUCUCUUUUGUUUCCACUAAUAUGAUAGAUUUCCCUGCCGUCCUUCGUUUCCCUCCCCACUUUAUUAUCUCGUUGAUUUACCCCCUUUUUGACGAACAAAACACAUUAGAAUAAUAAUAUUAUUACUAAUUGUUAAGGUAGCUUUGGAUUUAGUUGUACUUCUUAAUUCUAAAUGUUAUAACCUCUGACUGUAACUCACUGUAACAGACAUAUUGAACUGUUGUACUGUAAAUCUGCCAUUACUCUAACCCCCUCCAACCAUCUCUGUACUCUAUUCGAGCUCAUGUUAAUUCAGCUCGGUGCUCAGCUGUAACCUUUUCAAGUACAGAAACAGGAUUUUCUUUCUUUUCUUGUGCAGGCCUGCAGAGAAUAAACCUCAGUUUGGUUUGUCUCACUUCCAUUUUUAGGCUGGGCCAAUAUAAGCUUUAGGAGAUAAUUAAUCCUUUAAAGCUCAGUGUUAUUCUCCAUACAUCUGCAGCUGUAGGCCUGCUGAGGUGCUGUCAUCCUCUGCAUACCUACUUUUUUAAUCUAAUAUAAGGUGUAAAAGUAAGAACAAAUAGAGAGGAGAGACAUCAUUGCCUCUUCCUCUUCACCCCCCUAAACCUCCAUCCUCCUCCGUUUUUCUCUUGUUUUGGUCCUCACCCAAACGCAACCAUAAGGUUCCUACCGCAUCCUCCUCCUCCUUCUUCCCUCUCCUUCCGCUCGAGUAUAUCCCGUUUUUUCGGUUUGGUUUGGUCCCGCAAAUUUUCAAAUAUUUACUUCCUGUACAUCAAGAGGAAAGGGGGUCCCCCUUUCAUGGAAUGCGGAAACAUGGGUCUGUUCGACCGCGGAGUCCAGAUGCUGCUGACCACGGUGGGAGCCUUCGCGGCCUUCAGCCUCAUGACCAUCGCGGUCGGCACGGACUACUGGCUGUACUCCCGCGGCGUCUGCAGGCCCAAGUCCAUGAGCGAGAACGAGACCAGCAAAAAGAACGAGGAGGUGAUGACCCACUCGGGUCUGUGGAGGACGUGCUGCUUGGAAGGAAACUUAAAAGGGAUGUGUAAACAGAUAGACCACUUUCCUGAGGAAACAGAUUACCAAGCGGACACAUCUGAGUACUUCUUACGUGCGGUGCGAGCCUCCAGCAUCUUCCCCAUCCUCAGUGUCAUCCUGCUCUUCAUGGGAGGCCUGUGUAUAGCUGCCAGUGAGUUCUACAAGGCGCGCCAUAACAUCAUCCUCAGCGCAGGAAUCUUCUUUGUGUCUGCAGGCCUGAGCAACAUCAUCGGGAUCAUUGUGUACAUAUCAGCCAACGCGGGGGACCCUUCAAAAAGCGACUCGAAGAAGAACAGCUACUCUUACGGCUGGUCCUUCUACUUCGGUGCCCUCUCCUUCAUCAUGGCUGAGAUGGUGGGCGUUUUGGCCGUGCACAUGUUCAUCGACCGGCAUCGACAGCUCCGAAUAGGGGCGCGUGCAGCCGACUACCUCCAAGGCUCGGCCAUAACGCGAAUCCCAAGCUACCGCUACCGCUACAGGCGUCGCUCGCGCUCCUCCUCCCGCUCCACAGACCCCUCACACUCCCGUGACACCUCGCCUGUGGGCCUCAAGGGCUUCAGCGCGCUGCCAUCCACGGAGAUCUCCAUGUACACGCUUCCCCGGGACACCCUCAAGUCCUCCGGCACGCCCACCGCCACCUACAACUCGGAGAGGGACCACACCUUCCUGCAAGUCCACAACUCCAUCCAGAAGGACCUGAAAGACUCGAGCCAGACCAACACAGCGAACCGCCGCACCACGCCGGUAUGAGGGAGUCGACACAGGCCAGCGGAGAGCGGGAGACACGGGAACCCCUGUGGGUGCAGUCCGCCCCAGGAGAAGAUGGAUUUCCAUGUUUAUAGACAUUUGUUCUUUUUGUUCAGCUGCAUGACUUUUCCAUUACCAUUGUUGAGAGGGCUUCAACAAUCUGCUGUGUCCCUGGAUUGAAUGGCAGAACAGUGAGAAUGGGUCAGAGUGUGAGAUCUGUCAUUUUUUGCGCAGGGUUUGUUUAUGAGGUUUUUGGGCACUGAAAGGGAGGGCGGGAGGGCAUUUAUGAGAUAACGAUUUCAUGAUUUCAUUGCCAUUUGGUUUGACACUUUUGCCCCACAUGUUUGGUUGUCAACAUGUCAAGCUCCCCCUCAGCAAGCCAACUGCUCAGAUAUACACCUCCUUUAUUUAUUGACUCAUUUGUUCAUUUUUUGCAUUAAAACUGUGAAUUGUUACAGUUUGGGAUUCAGUAAGAAUUAGUCCAAUCUGUAAUCUCUAACAAAGGUACUAUAUAUAUAUGUAUUACUUUUAUAAAUAAAUUAUUACGUUAAUAAUCAAGAGUUACAGACUUUACCGAAGCAAAAAACAAAAAAAAAACAAGUUAACUUAACCAAGUGCUGUUGGUAAGAUGAGAAAUGACUCUUUUAGUAUCUGUUCAUUUGAAGGUUGAGAACAAGAGGAGGGGCUUCAGGUGGCAGCAGUACACGGCGACUGAUGCCACCAGAGGCAGGUACAGACAGUCAACAGUAGAAUAAUAUCUAUUCUUUUAAUAGAACCUUCUCGUCUUUUUCUCAGUCCCUGUUCACUUUCUUUUUUUGGGGGGUCGUAACGGGAGACUUGAACCCCUUAACAGAAAGAGCCAACCAAAGGGGUCAAAGUUCACAAAGACUCCAAACACGACUUCAACAAAAAAAAAAAAGGAAGGAGCAGAGGGAAGGAAAAGAAGAGGACGCCAAACACAAAAAUAAAAACAAGUUAAAUAUGAAAUAGUACAAGAAAAGCUAAGUGACAAUUUUCAGAAAUUAAAUGCAUGCUAUAAAAUUACAGCAAAUCUGCUCUUGAGAAACUUAAGUUUUAAAAGUUAAUUAUUAUAAGGGGAAAAAAAGCAAAGACGCUAAAAUUUAAAGUAUUAAUGUUUUCAUGUGUGUUUUUCUUAUUUUUUAUUUAUUUAGUUCAUUUUAUCUUAUUGCUUUUGUGAGACAAACCAAACAAUCUACAUUGAACAAAACUGCUUUUUUAAAUGGUUUGGUUGAUUGAUUUAUAAAUAUAUAAAUAUAUGUAUGUAUGUAUUUUAUUUUUAAAACUCACACAGCCUUAGUCAUUUCUUUGUUUCUUUUGAUUUUUAAUGUGUUGUUCAAUUUAAAAUGAUUCUUUAAAGGUGCCAAAACCGAAUGAUCCUAUACUUGGAUGCAUCAAGUCCUGAUGAAUAAAAUACGAACCCUAGGGGGAACAAAUCA